UAUAGUAAUAAAAUUUAUAUAUUUAGAAAUUACAUAAAAAGUACUUUAAGCUAUGAUAAUUUAUAAUUCAAAUAAUUUAAAAAAAUAUAAGAAAAUGUAAUCAAAGAACCAUCUCGUAGACUCUCCAAAUAGUAAUAGAUUCAUAUAAAUUGAAACAGAGGGAGUAUAAAUUUCAAUGUUACAAAUCUAAUUUUUCAAAAAAAAAAAAAAGAGGUUCUCUAAUUCUUUUAGAUCACUUAUUGUUAUGAUUUUCGUAAUCGAAGCAAAAAUAUUCAUCUAACUAUGAACAUCUUUUAUAGCUUAUUUAUUGUGGUUAGAUUAUUAUAUUAUUAUAAUUGUUAGUCAUUAACUGCACAGUAUAUUGCCGCUCUGAAUUCGUUUGCUUUAUAUUGUCAUGACAAAUAAUUAUAAUAAUUAAGCUAAUUAUUUCACAUUUCUAUAGCUUUAAAUAAACAUAUUCAUUUAGCUACAAGAUUUUAUUUUAAAUUAAUUUAACCUCGCUAAAAUUUACUAUCGCUAUAAUAAAUUCGAACACGUGGUAAAAACUAACGAUUAACUAAUUCUUUUUAUCAUAACAGUAAAUUCAUGGCUAUAGUAUUUAGUAAUGACAAAAAAGUCGCAGUUACAUACCCAACUAUUGCCACGAUUUUCUGUAAGUUGAAAUGAAAAUAUUUACUUAGUUAUUACAUCUUUUUCGGCUAAAUACAUAAGUGGUACCCUAAGGCCUAAACUUGCUUGAUACUUAUUAUUAUGACACGUGAGCUAGGAUCGGGGACAUCUACAUUAAUCAAGAAGUGUAUUUAUUAAACACGAAAAAUUGACAUGACAAAAUAAAUGGUCUUCACUACCCUUUGGAGUAAAUGAGCCUUAAACAACAGUAUUUUUUUUUUUUUUAAAACUUACUAUUGUUAUUGUUCUUCCGUUUACAAGUAGGUAUAAUCUAAUCAUUAAAAAGAAAAUAUUUUUAACUUUUAGUGGAAAAAAAAUAAAGAGUUUCAAUCCAAAAAGAAGACACUUUUUCCCCACCCCUGCAAGUCGCUUCUCAAAAUUCCCCUCUUCAUGAAACCAUUGCACUCAUACAUAUACUAUCGUUCACACACAUUCUGCAAUUGGACUUUUCUUGUUUUUUCUCCUCUUUUGAUUCUUUACUUUCAACUAUUUCUUUCGUCCCAAAAUAAAUGUUACCUUAUUAAAAAAAAAAAAAUCCUGAAAUAAGGUCACCUCUAAUUCAAGAUAAAAAUUGGCAUGUAUUUUCAACUAUGCCUUUAACGUUAAAGAGGUAGUCCUCUUUAAUAUUGUUCAAUUCUCGAAAAACAUCUACAUAGUUUAGUAACUCCACGUUGUAUUUAUUAAUGUUUGAGUAUGAUUUUUUCUAAGGGUAUACUUAUUUUGAGACUGAGGGAGUAGUUCAUUUUCUAUUCCACACUUAUAUUUAUAGUUCUUUAAGUUCUAUUUUUCUUCUUUAAUGGAAUUCCAGUGGAAUUUUCAAAAUCGAGUUUGGGAAGAAGACGAAAGGAGGCGGGCAGGAGGGAGAUCCUUUUUUUUUUUUUUUUACUUUUUCUUUUGAAAUGUUAUUUAUUUUUGGAUUAGUUAAAUAGGCUUACAGUAAUUUUUUUUUCUUUUUACUCAAAAUUCAUUUUUAACAAUUUUGGUCCCAAGUGCCACGUGUCAUAUUUUCAUUCGUCCAUCUGCCACAACGCGGUGUGAGUUACCCACUACUUUUUAAAAAAAAAAAAAUAUCAUUUUGCGUUUAAUAGGUACACAUAUUUUAAGAUUGAAAUAUCUUAUAGGAAAGUAUGGAACAAGUUUAGGAGCCGCUUAUGUAUUCUUAUUAUUAUUACAUAAUUAUUGUGGCUAAAAUUUAGUUACUGCUACAGUAACUUUAAUUGCUAUGGCAGUUAGCAAACAACAGAAAAAAAAGAAGAAUUAGUUUUGACAAUUUAACUUUACAUACUAGCCACAAUUUUUAAAUUCGAAACUGAGAUUUAGUAGGAAUAUACGCAUAAUAUUGGAAUGAGAUUUAGUAGGAAUAUAUGCAUAAUAUUUUAGUGAGAAUCAAGCAGUUGAUAUUAGCGUAGUGCUUGAUCUAUGGGGAGAGGGGUUGUUUAAGUUACAAUAAUGUAAAAGGGUUAAUCUUUGUGUGUGUUUAUGGUUAUAUUUGUUUAGCUGGCAAGAGUAUUUUUAUUUUUUGGCUAUGUGCUUUUGUGACUUGUGUUGAUGGGAACUUGCAAUGACAAUUAAAUAUGUUUGCUUGUGGAUUGUAAAGUUAAAUGAGGCACCCUAGUGUGCUAUGAGAUACUAAGAGCUUGAGGCAAGUAAAGCUUCUUCGCCUACUUUGGUUGUACUUAUCAAUUCAGAUAUUGUAUUUAACAUGAAGGACCAUGGACGCAGUUACAGUUACUUAAAGUCGGCUGAAACUAUGAGGCUUAUUGUCUCCAUAGGUUGUGGAUUCAUGUUUGGCUUAUUCAUUGGAAUUUCAUUCCCUACUAGCUCAUUAACCAAGCUAAAUAUAACAGCCAGUUUUGUAAGCAGCUUUCCAAUUGGCAGAGACAGAAAUAAUAUUGUUUCAUCCCAAAAUCAUACAGAUUCAUCGAUCAAAAAUCAGAAUGCUACAAAUCAAUUGAAGGUCUUUCCUUCCUUCCUUGCUUGCAAAAAAUUUGAUUUAAAGAUUUGGGUCCCAUCAAACCCAAGAGGGGCAGAAAGAUUACCUCCAGAUCUCGUUUCUUCUGAGUCCGACUACUAUCUCCGGAGAUUAUGGGGAAAUCCCAGUGAGGACCCAGAAGGCAAGCCAAAGUAUCUGGUGACAUUUACCGUUGGUGUUAAGCAGAAGCAUAACAUUGAUGCUGCUGUAAAGAAGUUCUCAAACGACUUCACAAUUCUUCUUUUUCACUAUGAUGGUCAGACAACUGAAUGGGAUGAAUUCGAGUGGUCAAAACGAGCCAUCCACGUGAGUGCUCGGAAACAAACAAAAUGGUGGUACGCGAAAAGGUUUCUGCAUCCAGACAUUGUUGCCGCAUAUGACUAUAUUUUUAUCUGGGAUGAAGACCUAGGAGUUGAGCAUUUUGAUGCCACGGAGUACAUUAAACUUGUCAAGAAGCAUGGUUUCGAGAUUUCACAGCCAGGUUUGGAUCCGAGGAAAGGAACAACAUGGCCAAUGACAAUUAGAAGAGAUGAUGGUGAAGUUCACACGUUUACAACGGAGUACCCAGGCGGGUGCUCAGACCCCCAUUUGCCUCCUUGUGCAGCAUUCGUAGAGAUCAUGGCUCCCGUCUUUUCCCGAGAUGCAUGGCGUUGUGUGUGGCAUAUGAUUCAGAAUGACUUGAUCCACGGUUGGGGACUUGACUUUGCGCUUCAUAAAUGCGUCGAGCCUGCUCAUGAGAAAAUUGGAGUUGUAGAUGCUCAAUGGAUUAUGCAUCAAACUGUCCCUUCCCUUAAAAAUGAGGGGCAAGCAAAAGACGGGAAGGCUGCAUGGCGAGGGGUGAGAGAGAGAUGUGAAAAGGAAUGGAAAAUGUUUCACAAUAGGGCAGAAGAUGCAGAGAAAGCCUAUUACAAGUCAAAUGGAAUUGAUCCUUCCAAUUUCACUUACAGGUCAAAUGGAAUUGAUCCUUGAAUUUUGCAUCUCAUUAUAAGUCAAAAUGGUCAAGUUGAUAAUAUUCAGUCUUGGCAAAUUUGCCUAUAGUAGUCAUAUUUGUUAAGAGACAUCAAUUUUUCUGAAGUGAAGAAUAUAAUAGAGCUUCUUCAAUAGAGUAUACAUGAUUACAAAUGUACUUAUCUAAAUAAAUUUAAGAAAACAUUGGUGAUAUUACCAGUCAUUAAUUAAUGGUGUACUAUUUAUAAUUCUCUACAAGCA